AUGGUUGUGUCAAUGAACAGCACAAAUGAAGAUCUCAAAUCCAAAUUUCUAGUUUCCUUCCCUCCAGAAUUCUUCCGUUUCUGGAAAGAUAUCUGUGUGCUCAGUGGCGAAAGCAGUUGUUCAAAUCCGUGCAUUGCGUUAAAAGAUUUGAAGAGUCUACGUUUAGCUGGCGUAUUCGAAUAUCUAGCAGGUCAUUUUACUGAAGAAACUGCAAACGCUUACCUAGUGAAAGGUCGCCAUGCGAAUGACUUGCCCGAAAUGCAAACGUUCGCUGCUUAUGAUGAAGGUCGUUUCGCAUACUGGCGCGAUACACCGGAUAUGGACAAGCCCCUCGUUGUGCAUGUGAACAGUGAAAGUGAUCAUUUCGCAAAACUAGAUAUCGUUGGUAUAGCGGAUCCAGUUUACAUGAUAGCAUGGCUUAAGAAUAAAUAUGGUAAUAAACUCAACAAAACAGAUCAUUUCCUGUCGAAACUCGUACAUGACGAUUGUGAAGCGCUGAGUGACACCGAUGGUAAAUAUGAAAAUGGAGAAUUCAAUGCUAAGUACAGCGCAUUGUUGAAAAACUUGAAAGCAAAGCGGCGUAAGACGGCUCUGGGUGAUCCUUUUCAUGGUUUGGGUAUUGUUGUUGAAGUGAAAGAUGAUGUCGGAUAUCGCCCGUUGGGUGAAAAAACUGCGAGACUGAAGUCGUUGUUUGAAGAAAUCGCUACAGCGAGUAGCGUAGAAUCAAAGGAAAAGCUCAUGGAAAAAGUGAUGGAACUAUUUUGCUAUGUACAGUUUGCCAACGAUGAAAUGGAUUUUGGAAUGGGAUUAGAAUUCGGUCAUGAUUUGUUCACGGCCAACUACGAAUGCUUCGAUAAAUUAGCUGUUGGUGUUCUGGAUACUGCUUACCAGUUUCUGGACCGUGAUGCAUUCUCCCGUAUUCUGAAAGCACACGCUGACGUUCGACGACUGUCUGAAUCAAAAAACAAAGAAAGUGCAAAAUGA